AAUGGCCCUAUCCGGACACCAUACAUUUAUCUUCGAUAAGGAGUUCGUUUGACAGAUAAUGACCAUGAGCAUAAUGAAAACUAAAAUUUUGGCCACUUGUUUGGUAUUAGUCUGCUCUACAACAGAUGGUUGUGGCAUUGGGUGGCUGCAAUUCAAAGAUAAAUGUUACCUGUUCACUAAUACACAGGCUUCGUGGGGCACGGCACAGAUUAUCUGUGGCGCUUUCCGUUCUCAUCUUGCCGAGCCGAAGACUAAAAGCGAAUCACACUGUCUAAUGAACCAUACAGACAAUCUAGGUGGUAACUUUUGGAUCGGAAUUUCUGAUAUAGUGAAAGAGGGGAAAUGGAUUUACACAUCUACUCAGCAUCCAGUCGUAAUCCAUGACUUCCACCCGACUAAUCCGAACAGCCAAAACAUCUCCGACUGUGUGGCUCUACGGCAUGACUAUCAAGGGCAUUGGUCCGAUGAACCCUGUCAUACAACGUUCUAUUUCAUCUGCGAAAAAGAAAAUGUGUAAUUCCGCUUUCUUUAAACAUUCUAAUGAAUUAAUCAGCGACAUAUUAUUGCCCUCAUAUCACGUGUCAGGUCACCUUGCCACUUUGUGGCUUCUGAGUCUGUCGCUGUUAUGACAUGCUGUCUAAGUAACUGGGAAACAGGAGUUCAAUUCUCGAUUAUGAGACUGCAUCAAACGUAAGGAAUUUAACAUAGGUAAUGGCUGUUUUUCAAAAAUUUUGGCAUCUGAAGUGAUCAGUCUCGGGUUUUUCGGGUAUUACCUUAAAAACGGAAGUCGUGUGCCAAGGCGCAGGUUGCACCACUCUAUUCAUUUUGCCUAUAUGUUCUUUGACCUGACUUACAUCUACAACAAAAAUAAAAAACAAAAACAAACAACCUACAUGUAUUUAAUUCCUUCUUUGAUGUUUUUACUCACCAUACUGGAGCCCACCUCUUAAGGAAAGUCCCAUAAUACAAGCAAAAUUCCUGGAAUUAUUGUCUUUUAGCCAUGAUUCGACGAUAACCUCCACAUAGAUAGAGUGAUGCCGCCUAUGCGUUGGCACGAUAAAGAAACCUCAUUACCACAUCCCCUAAACGCCAUUCAUAGGUAUACAUUUGUGGUACUUCACGUAAAGCUGUUACUGACGUUUCUACAUUAGUGAAAGAUUCUCCAUUAGGAGAAGUGAAAUGUUGUAUUGUCUGUCCAAGAACACAGAAGUAGAGGAAGUUCAUUGCUUGUUAUUGUCCUUUCUAUUUAUAGAACAUUUCGUAUUGUACUGUGAUAAUCUGUUACCUUUCUUCUCCAGAGAUCAUGGACUUUUAAUUGGUUGAGUAUCAACCUGACACAACAAUGGUCAAUCAAUUAUUCAAAUUUCCACAAUAAAACUUUGUACAUCAA